AUGAAAAUCUCCCUACAGAGCUGGGCAGAGAUUGUGUACGACACCCAGACCUUCCAUCAGAGCCAACACUUCACCCGAGCCCAGGCUCAGACAGUUCUGGAGGUUCUCGGGGAGUAUAAUUACCUUCCUAUAAUAGUCGGGAGCAGUGUGGGGGGUUUGGUUCCGCUGGCGCUCAUCAUAGCUGCAUUAUACAAGUUGGGCUUCUUCAGGCGCCAAUAUAGAGAGAUGCUGGAAAAUCCUGAAGACAUCAACAUGGAAAAUGAGGCGGCCAAAGAGCCAAAAACUCGCAUGGCACCAGAAUGA